CCCCCCCCACUCCCGCCCCGACUCCACCCUUCCGGAAUCUGCAACGCGCGUCUCAAACUUCUUGCGCGGGGAUCCUUCGCGCCCGCUCGCCCAGGUUCCGCCUACCCUGCCCCAGGCCCCACCACCCGGGGACGCCACCAGCGGCCUCGAGCUCCGCCCACUCCGCCCCGCGAACCCACGUUCCGCUUAGUGCGCCGACGCCUUCGCUGAAGCCCGCCCGCGGGGCUCUUCCAGUCGGUUCGCCUCAGGCCUGUGCCGAGGCCCGCCAUGGAAGGGGACGUCUCCGCCGCCGCAGCCGCCCACUACCAGCCGGCCAGCCCCCCGCGGGACGCCUGUGUCUACAACAGCUGCUACUGUGAAGAAAAUAUUUGGAAGCUCUGUGAAUACAUCAAAAACCAUGACCAGUAUCCUUUAGAAGAGUGUUAUGCUGUCUUCAUAUCUAAUGAGAGGAAGAUGAUACCUAUCUGGAAACAACAGGCAAGACCUGGAGAUGGACCUGUGAUCUGGGAUUACCAUGUUGUCUUGCUUCAUGUUUCAAGUGGAGGACAGAGCUUCAUUUAUGAUCUUGACACUGUCCUGCCAUUUCCCUGCCCCUUUGAUACUUAUGUGGAAGAUGCCUUUAAGUCUGAUGAGGACAUCCAUCCACAGUUCAGAAGGAAAUUUAGAGUGAUCCGCGCAGAUUCAUAUUUGAAGAACUUUGCUUCUGACCGAUCUCACAUGAAAGACUCCAGUGGGAACUGGAGAGAACCUCCUCCAUCAUAUCCCUGCAUUGAGACUGGAGAGAAAUGACAGAAAUGCGCUGUGGGAGGGCUUCUCUCUCAGCCUAUUCUUUUGCCCUUUGUCCCACUGUGCUCCCUCCCAAUCCUGUUUGGACAUUAUUUGUGCCGUUUCUAAGAAGAGGAUUCAGAAGUGUCCCAACUAAUGAGAACAUUUUGUCAGGGUAUCUACUUCCCUGUGGGCCAUGACUGAAGAAACAGAGGGAAGGAACGAUACACCAUACCCCUGUAUUUCACCAUGGUGAACUGCAGAGUAAAUUUAGCCCCUUGUAAUAUAGCAAGGGUGCUAUGGCUUGAAUAUUUGUAUCCCCCCUACCCCACUCCCCGAAUUCAUAUGGUGUAAUCCUAACCCCCAGAGGUGGUGGUAUUAGGAGGUGGGGUGUGUGUGUGUGUGUGUGUGUGUGUGUGAGUGAGUGAUUAGAUUAGAUUAGAUUAGGAGGGUGGGGCCCUCAUGAAUGGGGUUAGUGGUGCUAGAAAAGAGAUCCCCCGAAGCUCCUUCUGCUCUGUGAGGACACAACGAGAAGUCUGCGACCUGUGAUUUUACCCAACCAUGCUGGCACCCUGAUUGGACUUGCAGCCUCCAGAACUGUGAGCAAUAAAUUUCUGUUGCUUAUAAGCUACCCAGUCUGUGGUAUUUUGUUAUAGCAGCCCAAAUGGACUAAGACAAAGGGUUCCUAACCUGGAGUCCUAACACACAUUGAGUGUGUAUAUGAGUAUAUUUUCCUGGAGAGAGGACACAUAGCUUGUAUUACCUAUUUAUUCAUUUAACAAUAUUUAUUAUUAUUUUUAUCUAUUGAGGGCCUACUCUAUAACCUUAGGCUCCAGGUUAGAUGCUGGUAACUGAAACCAGAAUAGCUUUUGCUCUCUUGUAGCUUAUAGGCUGAUGAUGGAGACUGACAUCAAUCAAAGAAUCACACACAGAUGGCUGUACAAUUGCAACUGUGAAAGUGCUGUCAAGGAAUGGUACCAGUUCUAUGAGAACAUGUAAUGGGGGAAAUUAGCUGGUUAAAGGGGGUUGGGAGGCUUCUUGAGGAAGUGUUUUAUCCUUUCAAACAAAUAGCUCCUACUAGGUGCCAAGCACUGUUCCUGCCCUGGUGAUUGAGCAGUGAAGAAAACAAGCCCCUGCACUCAUAGAGCUCACAUUCUGGUGGAGAAGACAGACAAUGGACACAUACUGUGUGUGGAAGAAUGGUUGCUGUUUACCGAAUUGGAGAAGAUGGUGGGUGGACCGCUUCUGGGGAGGAAGGUCAGGAGUUUUAUUUUGGACAAUCUUAAAUUUGAGAUGCCAGUUCGAUGUCUAAGAGGAGAUGUCAGAUAGGAGUUGGAUAAAGGAGACUGGGAUUCAGGGCAGAUGUUCAGGCUGGGAGUAUGAAAUGGGGAGACCUCAGUUAAUAGACGGUAUUUAAAGGCACAGGACUCAGAAGAUCACUGAGAGAAUGAGUGUAGACAGAGAAGAAGUAGGGGGACAUAGCCCUGGGAGCUUUUACAUUUAGAGGUCAGGAGAUGAAGGACACCAGAAGGAGGACAGAGGGAGGGGUUGGUCAGGGAGGGAAGAGAAGACAAGGAAAGCUCAGAGAAGAAAGUGAUUCAGCAGGGACAGAGGGCUCUGACACAUCAGAUGUUGAUGAUCAGUUGAGUAAGCUGAGGACUGAGAUGACCGUUGGCUUCGGCAAUGUCUUCAGAGCAAGUUCAGAGGAGUGAUGGGGAUGAAAGCCUACUUGGAAUGGUUCAGGAGGGAAAGGGAAGAAGGAGGCAGAGUGGUAUGGUAAAAGGAACAGAGAAGUGGGGCAGUACUGGAGGGGGACAUGGGUCAAGGGGGACAGCUCUGAACCUGGCCGUCACCCAGUUCUGCCUUUAUAAUGAACAAAUUUACCAUUUCUAGCCCUCCAGAGAGACUUCUAGGGACAUCAGAGACCUGUCCUCUAGGCCUGUUCUCAUGCAGGGCAAACACUGCUCUGUUCUUGACUAGAUCCAUCCCUUGGUUCAUGCAGCCUUCCUCAGCAUUAACAUGGAGGAAAGAAAGCUGGAUACCCCCAGAGGUAUAGUCAUCUCUUGGUACCUGUGGGGGAUUGUUUCCAGGAUCCCCCACGGAUACCACGCUCCAUGGUUGCUCCCUCAUGUAAAAUGGCACAAUACAGUCGGCCCUCCAUGGGUUCCACAUCAGUGGACUCAACCAACCGUGGGUGGAAAGCUGCAGAUUGAAAUCCACAAAUGCUGAACCUGUGGAUAGCGGGCCGGCUGUAUUUCAUCAAUGCAAUUCCUAUCAAAUUACCAAUGGCAUUCUUCACAGAACUAAAACCAAAAAAAAUCUUAAAAUUUGUAUGGAGACAUAGAAGACCCUGAAUAGCCAAGCAAUCUUGAGGGAAUAAAAUGGAGCUGGAGGGAUCAGGCUCCAUUACUUCAGACUGUACUACAGAGCUACCGUAAUCAAGACAGUAUGGUACUGGCACAAAAACAGAAAUAUAGAUCAAUGGAACAAGAUAGAAAGCCCAGAGAUAAACCCACGCACCUGUGGUCAACUAAUCUAUGACAAAGGAAGCAAGGAUAUACAAUGGAGAAAAGACAGUCUCUUCAAUAAGUGGUGCUGGGAAAACUGGACAGCUACACGUAAAAGAAUGAAAUUAGAACACUCCCUAACACCAUACACAAAAAUAAACUCAAAAUGGAUUAAAGACCUAAAUGUAAGGCCAGACACUAUCAAACUCCUAGAGGAAAACAGGAAGAACCCUCUCUGACAUAAAUUACAGCGAGAUCUUUUUUGACCCAUCUUCUAGAGUAAUGGAAAUAAAAAUAAGCAAAUGGGACCUAAUGAAACUUAAAAGCUUUUCCAUAGCAAAGGAAACCAUAAGAUGAAAAGACAACCCUCAGAAUGGGAGAAAAUAUUUGUGAACGAAUCAACGGACAAAGGAUUAAUCUCCAAAAUUUACAAGCAGCUCAUGCAGCUCAAUAUCAAAAAAACAACCUAAUCCAAAAAUGGGCAGAAGACCUAAAUAGACAUUUCUCCAAAGAAGAUAUACAGGUGGCCAACAAAUGCAUGAAAGGAUGCUCAACAUCACUAAUCAUUAGAGAAAUGCAAAUCAAAACUACAAUGAGAUAUCACCUCACACUGGUCAGAAUGGCCAUCAUCAAAAAAUCUACAAACAGCAAAUGCUGGAGAGAGUGUGGAGAAAAGGGAACCCUCUUGCACUGUUGGUGGGAAUGUAAAUUGAUACAGCUACUAGGGAGAACAGUAUGGAGGUUCCUUUAAAAACUAAAAAUAGAAUUACCAUAUGACCCAGCAAUCCCACUACUGGGCAUAUAUCCAGAGAAAACCAUAACUUAAAAAGACACAUGUGGGCUUCCCUGGUGGCGCAGUGGUUGAGAGUCUGCCUGCCGAUGCAGGGGACACGGGUUCGUGCCCCGGUCUGGGAAGAUGCCGCGUGCCGCGGAGCGGCUGGGCCCGUGAGCCAUGGCCGCUGAGCCAGCGCAUCUGGAGCCUGUGCUCCACAACGGGAGAGGCCACAACAGUGAGAGGCCCGUGUACCAAAAAAAAAAAAAAAAAAAUGCACCCCAGUGUUCAUUGCAGCACUAUUUACGAUAGCCAUGUCAUGGAAGCAACCUAAAUGCCCAUUGACAGGCAAAUGGAUAA